AUGUCUUCGCCAGCGUUCAACGCCGCACACAGUCCUCCAAAACGCAACUCCCGUAAAAGUGCGCCCCGGGGAAAGUGGAGCGAGGAGCAUUUGCUUACAAGUGACAAGUCUGUACUGAUUGACGCUGAUCUUGUGAAGCUUCUCGCAAAACCGGAAGCAUGGGACUUACUUGAAGAGGAGGAAAAACGCCAUAUUCUCGGUCUCCUCCCCGCAGAUAUCCACCCUUCCUUGGAGCUCCCUCCCGACCAGCCGAACUCAAAGAUACCCCCACUCCCAGACUCGUUUAUUCGAUACUCUAACAACUGGCGCGAUGGUAUCAGGCAAUUUCAACUCGAUCUGCAGAAUGGUCGCUUGGACCCGGAGUGGCUGCGCCAGGCUGAGAGUGCGCGGCGCAAGCGAGAAAAUGGCGAUUUUGACUCGUUCAAGGAGCGCGAGUUUGAAAGAUUCUGGGGACAAAAACAAAAGACGCAGAUGCAUGUGAUGUCUGGAGAGAGCUCCAAGAUUAAACUUCACCAGCUCAUUGAAGCUGGCGUGUUUAUGAUUGGCGACGUGUGGCGUUUCGAUUAUGUUUGGGGCAAAGGACCUGAACGAGUGCAUGUCGCUAAGGAAGUCAGGAUACAUAGCAUUGAUGGCCAGAAGCUUUCAUUUGUGGCCCCUAAUGGUCAGCGGACCUUCCUCAUCUCGCCACCAACCGUCAUCGAAACCAGCAAGUCGCUGGACCAGAGUGAGGAACCCAAACUGGAGGAGCUUCCCCAUUGCAUAUUAUCGCAAGAAAUAAUCACAGAAGCCAACAGUGGGCUCAACAACAGCGCGGAGGUCAAGCCAGAGGAGCUCCCCAUGUGCAAUUUAGUUCAGGUGGAAACAGACGAGUGGAAGAUUGAGCCUGUCGCACAGAACACAAACACUAGCGACAUGCCCAAAGAUUUCGAGGCAGUGGGCAUAAGUGAUACAGAAAAUACAAGGCCAACCCCGAAAAUGAAGGGCGAUGCGUCCACGUCCGAGAAAACAUUCAUCGUUGACGAUCACAUAUUAGCAAAAAACUCAGAAAACAAUCCCUCCAAUGACGAAGGCCUUGUGCAAGUUGUGAUCGUGAGUCCACAAUUCGAAGAGGAAAAUUUGAAGCGAUCGAUUCCGUUGCCUGCACAUGAACCACCAACGAAAAGGAAGCGUGGCCGGCCGCGCAAGGUGGUGGCAGAGCCUCCGCCAGAUGAGGUCCCAACACAAGUGUUGAAUUCAACGACGUCUGAUAUUCAGGUCUUGAUCAGUGCUGGAAAACCUGAUCAAUCAACAUCUGGGAGUGUUCUACAAGCCAUUGUACCCGAGAGGCCCCUAACGCUCUUGGAUACUUCGCCUACAAUAGUUGGCAUCAAGCAUCCGGACCUGACCUCACCUCUUUCGCCAACUCGCUCUCUGUCCCCGCCACACUCUGCAUCUGAACAUUUGGAUGAAAAAUUCACUGAGUCCUUUGUUCCUGUGCAUGCAGCAAACACUGCUCUCGGUGAUUCGAAGCCUGACCAGGAGGUCAAAGAGAACGCUGGAACGAAAUCGAAUUCGACAUCCCUUUACGUCAAUUCGGACGACCCGUCCGAAGCGCCGUCCGAGAGCCAGCGUCAUAUGUCUGACCGAGACCCCCACACGAUCUCUGCCAGAGAUCUGGCGUCGCUGCCACCUGAAAAGUCCCAAGACCACAGUUCUAGUUGCGUACCUGAUGAGGAGGCUGAUAAAGAGAAGCGUGGGUGCGAAUUCGACGAGAAAUCUCAUGAUCAACGAUUGGGUCGCGAGCCUGACGAGAUCGUCAUACCUGACAUUUCUACGCCCAUGGCCUUGGUCAAAAGAAUCCUCCAGAUUGACGGUCGCAGGGCAGACGGUCGUACGGCAAAUUCUUGGAAAGAGAUCAGGUGCUACCGUAAGAAUCAGGACAUGGGCAGUCUCUUCGAUGUCAGGCAAAGUUGGUAUUCCAAACAACAAUAG